AUGCACGAGAAUGAUGAUCUUCCGCAUGAUUCCAUUGAUUCUGUAGUUGAGAAUGAUGAUGACUCAAACGGACAAGAAGAGCUUGAUCCUGACCAGGGAACUGGUUUCGUUGACAGUAAGGAAGAUAUGUUUGUUGAUGCUCCUGAAGAGUUGAAUUUCGAUACACCCAACAAGGAGGAAGCUCUGACUAUAGAUGAAUAUGACAAUGGAGAGAUUGGAAAUCAAUCCAAUAAUAAGAAGGAGGACUUGGAGAAGGAACUUACAGGGUUGCAGGAGCAGUUUAAGCUGUUGACUGGUGAGAAUGAUUUGAAAGGUGAAGAUGGGAACAUUGUGGAAGUUGUCAGUCGUUUCUCAAAGUUUCUAAAAACUGUUGAGGAAGAGAGGAUUCAGCAUGAUGAUGCACUUAGGGAGCUUCGUGGGGUUAUCAGUGGGAAAGACGACGAGAUUGCUGAUCUCGCCGCAAAGAUUUCAGAGAUUAAUUCUUCGUCACAUUUGGUUUCCGAACAGAAGGAGGAACUUACGGUUGGUACUGAUAGGAUUUUGCUUUCUCUUAGUAGUGUAUUUGGUGAGGGGGAGCUUCUGUAUGGUUCUUCUGUCGCUGAAAAGCUUGCUCAUCUGGAAAACCGAGUUUCUUUUUUAAGUGCAAAGUAUACUGAGUUUUACUACGGUGCUGAUCAGUUAAAGAAAUGUUUGUCCAGUCAAGGGUCGGAUCUUAUCCAAGAGGAUUUUGGUUCAGUUCUAGGUGCUGCUUGUUCUGAGUUACUUGAGCUCAAACAGAAGGAAGCAGUCUUUAUCGAAAGAAUUAGCCAUCUAGAAGAAGAAAAUAGAAAAUUGGUUGAACAAGUGAACAGUGAUAGAGAAAUGAUUGAGUCAAUCAGAACAGAAUUUGGAAAAACGAAGGCAGAGCUUGAGCAAGAAAAAACAAGGUGUACUAACACAAAAGAAAAGCUCAGCAUGGCCGUUACAAAGGGGAAGGCGUUAGUUCAGAACCGGGAUGCUUUGAAGCAUCAAAUAUCUGAAAAAACAACCGAGCUUGAGAAUAAGUUGACUGAAUUACAAGAGAUGAAGAUUGCCCUUGAAACUUCUGAAUUAGUGAAGGCUCAGCUGGAGCAAUCUUUAGCUGAAAAGACGUUUGAACUUGAGAAAUGCAAUACUGAAUUGCAUGAUAAGUCUGCAUCCCUGGAAGCAUAUGAGCUAACAAACAAAGAGUUGGAUCAGUCUCUGGCUGAGAAAUCAAAAGAACUUGAAGAAUGUUUGAUGAAAUUACAAGAGAUGUCAUCAUCAUUGGAUAAAUCUGAACAGAUGAAAGGCGAGUUAGUAAAAUCUGAUGCUAUGGUUGCAUCGUUUCAGGAAAUGGUAUCGGUAAAGAGCUCUAUUAUUGAAAAUAUUGAAGCCAUUCUGUCACACAUUGAUACACUUGAAGAAGGUCAGUCUUUCGAUAUUAUUGAAAAUGUUAGGUCACUUGUAGAAGAGAGGAAAGAGCUCAAAAAUUAUUACCAGGAAUUCAACAGACUAAAAGAUUUGAUCUUUUCCAUUGACUUACCAGCGGAGAUUUCCCAAUCCAGCUUAGAAACUCGCCUAACUUGGCUUAGGGAAUCUUUUUUCCAGGCAAAGGAUGAAGUUAGUACCCUGCAAAACAAGAUCGAAAGCUUAAGCAUGUCUCUUUCAGCAGAAAUGGAGGAGAAAAAUAAUUUUAGAAAGGAAUUGGAUGAGUUAACUUUCAGUUUGAAGAAAAUGGAGGAAACUGCAGAGCGAGGUUCUUUGGAGAGAGAGGAGAUUGUGAGAAGACUUGUGGAAGCCUCUGGCUUGAUGACAGAUGAAGUCGAACAUCAUAAUUCUUCAGCUAUCAAUUCGCUUGUUGAUAAAUCCUUCGAGAAGAUAGAAAAGCAGAUCAAGGACUCUAGUGCCAGUUCUUAUGGCAACGAAGAAUUAUUUGAGAGAUUGCAAAGUCUUCUUUAUGUGAGAGAUCAUGAGUUGUCACUUUGUAAGGAAUUGCUAGGAGAGGAAAAGCUGUUUAAUUUGCAGGUAUGCAAUCUCUCAAAUGAGCUAAAAAUCACAUCUCGAGAACUUGCUUCCGUGAAAGAAGAAAAAACUGCUUUGGAAACAGAUCUUGAGCGAUCAGAGGAGAAAUCUGCUUUGCUCAGGGAAAAACUUUCAAUGGCUAUCAAGAAAGGUAAAGGACUAGUCCAAGAUAGGGAAAAGUUGAAAAAUCAGUUGGAUGAGAAAAACUCUGAAACUGAGAAGCUGAUGCUCGAGUUGCAGCAGUUAGGUGGUACGGUUGAUAGCUACAAGAAUCAGAUAAAUAUGUUAUCUGAAGACUUAGAGCGAACGAAAAAGGUAGAGACCGAGCUUGUUGGUAUUAAAGACGAAAGAGAUCAACUCAAGCAAUCCUUAUCUCUGAAUGACACCUUGUUGCAGAAAGUGAUGAAAUCAGUUGAAACUAUAAUUAUCCCUGGUUAUUUGGCAUCUGAGGAUUCUUCAGAAAAGAUUGACCGACUUGCUGAGUACUUUAAGGAAGUGCAGUUGGCAAGAGUAAAGGAACAAGAAGAAUUGGAAAAAGUAAAGGAAGAAGCUAGUACAUUAGCCGCUAAAGUAGCAGAAACCCAUACAGCCUUGAAGUUGGCUGAGGAUGCCUUGUAUACUGCAGAGGGUAAUAUCGACCGACUUGCUGAGGAGAAUAGGGAAGUCCAAGCUGCCAAGGACACACUUGAAACUGCACUAAGGCAGGCUGAAAGAAAUAUAUCUGAUAUCAUCACUGAAAAAGAAGAGGUUCAAAGCAGAACUGCUACAGCAGAGAUGGAGCUAGAGAUGUUGAAAGAGGAAGUUUCAAAUCAGAAUAACAAAUUAGCAGACGCACAUAGCACCAUAGAGUCACUUGAAAAAACACUUGCUCAGACAGAAUGCAAACAAACUGAAGAUGACAAAGAUUUAACUACAAAUCUGACGAAUGAGUUAGAGAAGCUUAGAAAUGAGGUAGAGUUCGAGCGUAGCAAGAUGGCCGACGCUUCCUUGACAAUAAGCUCCCUUGACGAGGCAUUACUGACGGCAGAGAAUAAUCUUUCUGCUUUACAAGGAGAAAUGACGAAAGCUGAAGCUGAGAUAUCAAGUCUCAGUAAUAAACUUAAUGUAUGCAUGGAAGAGUUAGCUGAAUCAAGUGGAAACUCACAGAGCAAAUCUUUGGAGAUUAUUGCUCAUCUUGAUAAUCUCCAGAUGCUACUGAAUGGCGAAGGACUAGUUUCCAGGGUGAAUGACUUCCUUGAGAGAAAAUUCAGGAGCCUUAGAGACAUGGAUGUCAUUGCUAGAGAUAUCAUAAGAAAUGUUGGUGAGAAGGGAUUAUUGGAAGGGGAAUUGGACAAUGCUACGGAGGAUGAUUCGACUAUUGCAAGAUCCGUGUUGAGUGGUCUUGAUGAGUCGGCGAAUACAGAGCUGGAGAAUAGUCAAGGGAGUGCAGCUGAUGAAGACGCAAUUUCUUCAUCCCUUAGGAAGAUUGCAGAGGGGGUCAAGCUGAGAAACGAAAUACUCCAGAAACACUUCGAGGGUUGUACAACUUCUAUUGAUACACUCAUUGGGGGGUUGAUGGAAAACCUUACAGCAGCUAGGGCUGAUGUGAAAAAUGCCAUGGGUCAUAAUGAGUCCCUGAAAGAACAGGUGAGGAGUGCUGAAGAUAUUGUUCGCGAACAGGAGAACACUAUAUCUGCAUUACAAAAAGACAUGUCAUCUUUGAUGUCUGUAUGUGGUGAGGCUACCAGAGAAUUGCAGUUGGAAGUCAAAAAUGACCUCCUAGAGUUGGUUCAGGUCCAAGAAAAUGAGAAUGGUGGUGAAACUGAAUCAACUGAACACCCACAUGAGUUUCAUUUAAGUGAAUGUGCCAAGAGAGUAAAAGAAUUAUUGUCUGCCACAGAGAAGGCAUGUAGUACUCUUAAACUCUUUGAGAGAACAAGUAAUGCAGCUGCUGUUGUAAUCCGAGAUAUGGAGAACAGACUAAAAGAAGCAUCUGUCACUCUAGAAAAGGUUGUGUUAGAAAGAGAUCUAAACCAAACGAAGGUUUCAAGUUGUGAGGCCAAUGUGGAAUCUACGGAAGCGCUUUGCCAAGAUCUGAAACUUCAGCUGGAAAAUCUCAAAGCGGAAGAAAAGAAAUGGCAUGAAAAAGAGAUAAAUGGUAUGGAGGUGUCUUCAGUAGAUUCGGUCAAUGAAUUAGUUCCACAGAGUCCAUAUGAUGUAAAGAAGCUACUCGCGAUUGUUGAUAGUGUUACUGAGAUGCAGCGUCAGAUAGAUCUCUUAUCAUAUGAACAAAAAGAGCUCAAURCUACCUUGGCAGAAAAGGAUCUUGAAAUUCAAGGUCUGAAGGAGGCGGCUCUAGCAGAGAGCACAACCGAGCUAGAGUUAGCGAGGACAAGUACCGAAUUGUCCAGCCUAAUAUCUGGCUUCGAGAAACUACUGGGUAUAUUGGGGGGCAAUGAUCCUGUUGUAGACUCAAGCUUCUCCGAGUCAUGGACACUCUUACAAGCGCUAGAGAGAAAAAUAACUUCCCUUCUCCUAGAAUCAGAGGGUUCAAAAUCAAGGGCCCAAGAACUUGCUCUAAAGUUGGCCGGUAGUGAAAAAAUGGUUGAUAGAUUAUCAUUCAAAGUCAAAGAAUUUGAAGAUAAACUUCAAAUUAAAGCCAUACAGCCUACUGUCGUUCACGAAAAGAGCAUCUUCGAAGCACCCAUGGCACCUUCUACCUCAGAAAUAUCCGAGAUUGAGGACAAGGGAGCCUUGGGCAAACAAUCAAUACCACCUCUGCCUACAGCAGCGCAAGUGAGAAUGGCGAGGAAGGGAUCGGCGAAUCAUCUUUCAAUCAACAUAGAUUCAGAGUCUGAAAGUCUGAUGCACCACAGCGAAACAGAUGAAGAUAAAGGACAUGCUUUCAAGUCUUUUAGCAGUUCUGGUCUGAUUCCAACGCAAGGAAAGAUGAUAGCAGACCGGGUUGAUGGACUAUGGUAA